CACUGAGACACUGAGAACUCUGCGUCAAUCUCCGAGGACGAGCAUAGAAACACUUUGCGAAGGAGAAACGCUGGAUAUUUUUCCCCUUCUGGAGGAUUAUUAAUUUCUGAGAAAUACUUUUGUUUUUUAAAAGUCUGCAAACAUGGAUGUAUACAUUUUGAUUUCAGUUUUGUCAAUGAUGCACUCCUGGAUCUUCAACACAGUGCUAUCAGCUCCAGCUGCACAGACACCCAUUGCCUCCACGGACACGCAGAGGCGCCAUGUGCGGACCAAACGCUGCUCCUGCGCCACAUUCAUGGACAACGAGUGCGUGUACUUCUGCCACCUGGACAUCAUCUGGGUCAACACACCUGAGCGUGUGGUUUCAUACGGACUGGGCAACAGCGGUCCCAGGAAGAGGCGGGCGGUAGCGGACUCCAUGGCAACAAGCAGCGGACCCCCGCGCUGCAGGUGUGUCAAUCAAAACGACGACACAUGCAGAAAAUUCUGCGGGCUGGAAAACCACCUCAGAUCUGAAGCCUCACACACGGAGAUCCUCCCCGCAAUGGGCGAUGCUUGUGUCGGGCUGCAGUGUAAAUCCAGGCUGGCAGCAGACACGGGACGGAUUAAACGGAUGAGGAAAAGCCUCAAGAAACGGGUGUCGCCCCUAGCGAUCAGAUCUGCCCUCAAAACACGUCUGUUGCUGGAGAAGUGGAGGGUGGGACAGCACCACAGGGCGAGAGCGUGGGAGGGCGAGAGCACGGCCUCCUAAACACGAGAGCUUAACCUCCGCACCUUGUCGUACAGAGGGGAAAAAGGUUUCCCAACUCUAAAGCCAGUAGAAGACAAUGAAGAGCCCCAAAGAGGCCCGCAGACGUUCUUCCGGUUCUCUUCGUGGUGUCAGAGCAGAGAACAUUUCUCUACUCAGUUGCGCUUCAUCAGAAAGUUGAACGAGGUCAGAGACAAUACAGGGAGUUCAAGUGAAAGAAGAUAAGCUGAGCAGAGGAUGGCAAAAUCAAGGACAUUCAUUGAUGUUGUGACUGUCACGGUCACUCCUUCAAAAACUCAUCAAAUAGCAUUUCAACUGGAAGAAUUCAACAUGAAUCCCUCUGUUACACAAAGUCAGAAUCACUGCUGCGAUUGGACGAAGGCAGUCCUGCUCAUUAUACUACACAAUGCCAUUAUACAGUUGCAAUAACAGGUUAUUACGCCUACAUAGAAGGGAUUAUGUGCCUUGACAUUUUUUCACCGACUGAAACUAUUUACUGCCUUUUACGCAACAGGUCGUCUCCUGCGUGCCAGGUCUUUGUAGCUGUGAAGUGCAGUAGCUGCUGGGAGUUUUUCAUCCUGAUGUUAUCACAGAUUCCUAUGCAUUUGUCAUAAUUUAAAUAUUUUUUACGACAUACAUUAUUUUAUAUGUGUUCUAUUUAUUUAUUAUUUUUUUACAUUGCUAUGUGAUUUCCAUGUUGGCAGGUCACAUAUUUGUCAUUUCUGGGAAAUGUUUUGUCAUCGUGGUGCCAAAUUUUGGCCAAAUUUACACAAUUUUGUCUAAUAAAUACUUAUUUA